CAGGGUGGAACCUCCACACCGUGGCCAACGCGUUCGUAAGGUUCUGAAAGCACUAGUCGGUCGCAAAUCACCAAAAUUAUCAUUAGGGCUGGGUAUAUUAUAUUAUCAUAGCUUGGUAUUGAAAGUGCAUAGUGUGUAGGUUUGGUAUAGGCAAUCGACUGCUGUUCCAAAUAAGAAUGGCAGGACUACUUGGAGGAGCCCCGUCUGCUGGUGCUGCAGCCAGUCCACAGGAAGAGGCAGAGCAGCUUACCAAGAUCAGAGAUUUCUUCAUGCAUUUCAACAAGAUCUCUGAGAUGUGUUUUACAGACUGUAUCUGGGACUUCACUUCUAGGGACGUCCGUGGCAAAGAGGAAAAGUGCGCCAUCUCCUGCCUGGAGAAAUUCCUCAAGGCCAGCAACCGGAUAUCACAGCGUUUCCAGGAACACCAGAUGAUCGCUAACGAAAGCGCGAUGGCCGCCAUGAAGGCAGGGAAGUGACGCAACAGACCUCCCGGACAUUAAUGGCCAUGUUUUCUUUGACACGGUGUUCAUGUACGAGUUUGGUGUGUGCGUUGCCUCUUUCUUGUACAACUACAUACAUACCGAGGUUCCAUGUAGUGCGGAAUGCUUGUGAUGAAUUAUCGUUUUGUUUGUAUAAAAUGAUACUCGUGUG